UUUAGAAAAAUGUCAUUUGUGCGUGCUAAAAAAUCUCACCAGGGAAAGAAGAUAAGUGCUAAAGGAAAGCCAAAGAAAAAGACGAUAAAGAAACAAGCUUGGGAUGAUACCCAGUCUGAUCUCAGUGUCUAUAAGCUAAGCAAAGAUGAAGUGGAACAUCGUCGGAUAAUUCACCAAUCUGGCAAUAUAACAAAGGUGAAAAUGGAGAAAGAACAAAAAGAGAUAGCAAGAGUUCUACGAAAGAGCCCACAAGACAGUGAUAAAAGUAGAGUUACAUUGUUACGAGAAGUUUUAUACGAUGGUGAUCAGUUACAAGAUGUGUUGGCGCAUACUGAUAGAGUGAUGUCAGUUGUAAAGGAUCUAUUUGGUGAUGAUCCAAAACGUUAUACAGGACUGCCAAAUGUGACAUUUGCACCAGGACAGCUGACAAAACCUGACAGAUCUAUGUUAUCAAUAAGUCAAUCUACUGAGAUUCCUCAUAAGAAUGACAAACCAGAUCCACCAAUACUCAAUGAAAUCACUACAGAUUCAGAAAAUGAAGAGGACUGUGAAAUCAGUGAAAUACAGAUAGAACCGGAGAAAGAUGUAAACCAAGCAUCUAAUGCAGCUAACAGUAGUUCUUUGAUGACACCAACUCACGAAUCUAUAAUUCAAGAAGGUCUGGCUAUAAAUGAUACCAUCAAGGUUCGUAAGACAAAAAAGAGAACUGUGAGUGGAGACACAGCUACUGCUGCUAUAAAUGCAUCUACAAUUACUGAUGUGGAUGGACUGAAAAGAGUGAUAACAGGCCUGGAACAAGAAGUGGAAGAGUAUGAAAGAUUAACUGGUAGACAGAGAUCUCCUAAACCUGUAAAGGACUCGGAAGGACUUGGUGGUUAUACGGCUUCAUUAUUAGAUACAAUUACAAAGCUUGUACAGUAUUUAAAACAGAGUGAAACAUUACUUCAGAAUGAGAGUAAAUCAAGAGUAAGACUGGAAGAGGGACUACAAGAACACAGGGCAUUGAUUGAUGUCUUAACUUCUGAGCUUUUAACAACCCAGGAUCAGUUUCUAAACAUGCAGGCAGAGUUCAACCAUUAUAGGAUUAAUACUGAGUCACAAUUGCAUUAUGUCAAGCAAAUGAUCUCUUCAGUUAUCAAAACACCUGAAGGCGUACCGUCUUCAGAUCUACAUCCCAUCACGAUUCAACAACCAGCUCACGGAUUGUACAAAGCUUUUGAUAGACAGCUAGGUUAUCAACAAACACAGCAGCAGUCUAAUCUGCCAUAUCAGUUUGAAAGUCAACUACCGCCUGUGACGAUUUAUGCUUCCCAAGAACCCCAUCAAGAUAAUGAUGUCAUUGAACAAGAUGGUGAUAGUACAAAUGAAUUAGCUGAGCAGUUUUCAUCAGUUCUUAGCACUGUGCCAUCUUAUGUUAAACCUCUUCAGACUGCUGUAAUGAUAUCACCUCCCAGACAAAGAGAUAGAAAUACCCUGCAUAAAACAUCAGAAAUACCAGUUCAACAGCUGUCUGGUGAAUCUGUUGCUGUCUCAUCAUCCACUACAGAAGUGAAAGUGGUUACCAUGACAACAACAUCCUCUAAUACUCAAGCCCAAGACUUCACCCAACAGAUAGCGACAUUAACACAGCAACGUAGUGAUGCACAGGCCAGAUUGCAGUCGUUACAAUCGUAUAGAAGACCACUAUCUGAUGCUGGAAAUGUCAACCAUCAUGUUGAUUUAUUAAAGCCUACUGAGACUGAAUCAGUGUCUCCAUCUAUCUCUCCAAUUCCCCAUGAGAGGUCAGUUGGUCUAACUAAGACCAUAGCCGUAACCAUGCCAUGUGUUGAUCAAUUGGAUCUAUCUGCCACAAGUACACCAUCACCUAAACUACAGCAAGGCAAAGAAAACAGGUUGAGUGAUGUACAGAUCAAGACAAUAAGCAAUUUAACAACAGUAGCAAGUGGUGCUAAAACACAGGACUCGACAAAUGCUGGAUUCUUUGCAUUGAGCUCACACUUCAAAAAGUAAUACCGCCCUCUGUGUUCAACAUUAGAAAUGACUUUGAGAUGAGUAGCCUUGUAUCGCAUGCCAAUCAGUUUGAAAUGAAUGACAUUUGAUUAUUCUAAUGUGCAUGUAUUAUUUACUCUGUAUUCUUGUUAAAAUCUGAUAUCCAUAUUCACAACACUCGCUAUCAUGUCCAACAAAGCUUAGUCUUAAGACUUUGUACCUACUGUUUAUAGUGUUUGUACAGUUGACAACAUCCAACCACAUUCUACACACUACCAGUAUUACAAUUCAAACAUGACUCUUGAUGUCAGAUGUUAAAACAAUGUUCUCCUUGUACUCAGACAUAUACAUCAGCUAGCAGGCAAUUUGAAAACAUCUUUUUGAACAACUCCAUGCAUGUUACAGUGAAUUGCGUAUUCAUGAAUGCCUAAGUGAAUUUUCUUG